GUUUUAUGUUUAUCAAGGAACCAGGAAAACAUCUAGCAAAAAAAAAAGAGAAGGAACAAAGAAAACAGUCCCGUACCGAAUCGUCUCUGCCACUCUGUUCAGUGGUCCGGCGGUCCGCUGGGCCUUACCGAUCCCGUCUCAAGAGCCUCACGGACGCGACGAUAUAGUUAUUUUCACUUUCUUCCCUAGGUCAACUUCUGCUCCUCCGAUUCUUCUUGUUUUCCGUUCUCGCUUGUCGCCGAGACCACCGCGUCAAACCUUUAGACGCCUCCAAAAUCCAUGGCGACCCAAGGACACCACCACCCACGACCACCACCAUGGCGAUCACCACCAUCAUCCUACCCACGAGGGAGGAGGGCACGAUGGGUCCGCGACGUCGUGCGUUGGCCCGGACGGAGGGUGUAUCACUCCCACGACGGGCUGGCCCCCCAUUUUCACGAGCCCAUCUACUCCCCGGGCUUCUUCAGCAAACGGGCGCCCCCCUCGCCGCCAGAGACUUCAAGGAGCGUGCCUUCACCGUCGGGAUCGGCGGCCCUGUCGGGACUGGGAAAACAGCUUUGAUGUUGGCACUUUGCCAUUUGUUACGCUACAAGUACAGUCUGGCUGCAGUAACAAAUGAUAUAUUCACAAAAGAGGAUGGAGAAUUCUUGGUUAAGCAUGGAGCACUUCCUGAGGAAAGGAUCCGUGCUGUUGAAACAGGAGGCUGCCCACAUGCUGCUAUACGUGAAGAUAUUAGUAUAAAUCUUGGCCCUCUUGAAGAGCUAUCUAAGUUAUACAGUGCAGACUUACUUCUAUGUGAAUCAGGAGGAGAUAAUUUAGCUGCUAACUUCAGCAGAGAGUUAGCAGACUAUAUAAUUUAUAUAAUUGAUGUUUCUGGUGGUGAUAAAAUACCUAGAAAAGGGGGUCCAGGAAUAACCCAAGCAGAUCUUCUGGUAAUAAACAAGACAGAUCUUGCACGUGCGGUUGGAGCUAACUUAGCUGUUAUGGAACGAGAUGCACUGCGAAUGCGGGAUGGAGGGCCCUUCGUUUUUGCUCAGGUGAAGCAUGGAGUCGGUGUAGAGGAAAUUAUGGAUCAUAUCUUACAAGCAUGGGAAGUAGUAACUGGUAAUAAACGUCGUUGACUUGAAGCUGUAUCUAUUCCUGAAUCAGGUGUUAUAACUCGGAGCAUACAGCUAUUGCAUGUCAGUGUUGGUUAGCUGCUUGUCGUGCUCUAUGAAGAGUCAUCGGGACACAAGUUUAGGUACUAAGUUUGGUAUAUUAAUGAAAUAAUGUUGUAAUAAGAGUGGUUAAUUUGUUUACAGUUAGCAAAUUGACUGCAAACUUGGUACCCAUACUCUAUUUUAUGCUCGCAUUCAUCAUGACAAUCUGCAUUGUUAUGUAAUGAUAGUCAUCCAUGGAUACUGCUGCAGA